ACUCGCCGCUAAGAACCAACCAAUUGAACUGAGCCAUUUGCAGAGGCAGAGACUCUAAAUUAUUCACCGGCGCUCACUGACGGACAAGAGGAGGCCUUAAGUUUGCUCCGCCAUAAAAUACUCUCUCCGACGGAAACAAUGUUGAGCCAAUCCACCACCGGUCUCCAUAGCCGCUCACUCUUCACAUUUCCACGACGGGUCAAUCACUCCGGCAUCGGUAGAGCCUCCGUGACGUGCGCCGCUAGCAAAUGGGCCGAGCGACUACUCGGGGACUUUCAAUUCCUCUCCGAUUCCUCCUCCUCCGACCAUUCCCAUUCUCUCUCCUCUUCCACUGUCACUCUCUCUCCUUCUUUCCCUCCCCCAAUUGCCUCCCCCGAGCGCCAAGUUACCAUCCCCAUCGAUUUCUAUCGGGUUCUUGGAGCCGAGACGCAUUUUCUUGGGGAUGGGAUUAGGAGAGCGUAUGAAGCUAGAGUUUCGAAGCCGCCGCAGUACGGGUUUAGCCAGGAGACUCUGAUAAAUCGCCGGCAGAUUCUUCAGGCGGCGUGCGAAACUUUGGCGGACCAUACAUCGCGAAGAGAGUACAAUCAAGGUCUUUCGGAAGAUGAAGAUGCUACCAUUCUCACGCAAGUCCCUUUCGAUAAGGUUCCUGGAGCUUUGUGCGUGUUGCAAGAAGCUGGAGAGACAUCCCUGGUUCUUGAAAUUGGAGAAAGGUUGCUCAGAGAAAGGUUGCCAAAGUCAUUCAAGCAAGAUAUUGUCCUGGCCGUGGCUCUUGCUUAUGUUGACAUAUCAAGGGAUGCUAUGGCAUUAACUCCACCUGAUUUUAUUCAGGGUUGCGAAGUGCUCGAGAGGGCCUUGAAAUUGUUGCAGGAGGAGGGUGCCAGUAGCCUUGCACCAGAUUUGCUUGCACAAAUUGAUGAGACAUUGGAAGAGAUCACACCUCGAUGUGUUCUCGAACUCUUGACUUUACCUCUUGGUGACGAGUGGCGAACGAGAAGGGAAGAGGGUCUUCAUGGAGUGCGGAAUAUUCUGUGGGCUGUUGGAGGAGGAGGAGCAACAGCUAUUGCUGGUGGAUUCACCCGUGAAGAUUUUAUGAACGAGGCAUUUGAACGAAUGACAGCAUCUGAGCAGGUUGAUCUCUUUGUAGCUACACCAACAAAUAUUCCAGCAGAAAGUUUUGAAGUCUAUGGAGUCGCACUCGCACUCGUGGCACAAGCCUUUGUUGGUAAAAAACCGCACCUUAUCCAAGAUGCUGACAACCUCUUCCAACAGCUUCAGCAAACGAAAGAAGCUGUUGUUGGGACUGCUGGGACAGCAUAUGCACCAUGCGAGGUUGAUUUUGCUCUUGAGAGGGGGCUAUGUUCCCUACUUAGUGGCGACCUCGAUGGGUGUCGAUCAUGGCUGGGCUUAACCAGUGAAAAUUCACCUUACAGAAAUCCAGCUAUUGUAGAUUUUAUCCUUGAGAAUUCAAAGGGUGAUUAUGAAAAUGAUCUUCCAGGGCUAUGUAAACUGUUGGAGACAUGGUUGGCAGAAGUGGUGUUCUCCAGAUUUAGAGACACACAUAAUAUUUAUUUUACUCUUGGAGAUUACUAUGAUGAUCCUACUGUUCUGAAGCACUUAGAGAAACUGGAAGGAGUUAAUGGCUCACCCCUAGCUGCUGCAGCAGCUAUAGUGAAGAUUGGUGCUGAGGCUACUGCAGUUCUAGACCAUGUGAAGUCCAGUGCAAUUCAAGCACUGCGGAAGGUGUUUCCACUCAGUCAGAACAGUUCUAGGCGUGAGGCCGAUGCAGAAAUGGAAUAUCCUUUUCCUGCUGUAAGUAGUCAGGUGCCUUUAGUGAGCUUUGAUGAGAAUGAACGUACUAACUUACCUGAGGUUUCUGAGAGUGCUAAAGCUGGUGAAAAACCUAUUGCUGAUGAAAUUAAAGAUGCAAGUGUGAAGAUCAUGUGUGCUGGUGUGGCAGUUGGGUUGCUGACUUUGGCUUGUUUGAAAUUUUUACCUGCUAGAAAUAGCACAACUGCUGUACUUAAUGAAGCUGGGGCAUCCACUACCAGUAUGGCAUCUGAAGUUGAGUCAAGCGCGGAACCAUCUAGAAUGGAUGCACGGAUUGCAGAAGCUCUAGUUCGCAAAUGGCAGAGCAUCAAGUCUUUGGCUUUUGGACCUGAUCAUUGCCUAGCGAAACUAUCAGAGAUUUUAGAUGGUGAGAUGUUGAAGAUUUGGACGGAUCGUGCAUCCGAAAUUGCAGAACUUGGUUGGUUCUAUGACUACACCCUCUCAAAUCUGACCAUUGACAGUGUAACGGUAUCUUUAGAUGGUCGGCGUGCCGUGGUCGAAGCAACUCUCGAAGAAUUAGCCCAUCUCAUUGAUGUAGGCCACCCAGAACACAACGAUUCCAACAGAAAAACUUAUACAACAAGGUAUGAGAUGUCAUAUUCCAAUUCUGGAUGGAAGAUUACCAAAGGUGCUGUUCUUGAAUCAUAAUUGGAUAGUUGUAAUAUAUGAAUUAACCUGUAAAUGCAUCAUUCCUUCUGGACUGUUGUUUAGCAUAGCCUUUUUGGUGUCUGUGAUGAGGAAGAGACGCUUUGUCAAUGCUUAUGGAAUUUAUUGUGUUAAUAAUCCAUUUUUAACUUGGUUUUGAGCAGUUCAA